AUGGCCGGAAGAAACGCUGGGAGGAAUGAUGAGGCUCUUGCUGUAGCUAUGCAGGCAAUGGCUCAAGCGUUCCAGAACCCACCCAUUGCUGACGAGAACGUGGGGUCUCGUAGUCUGGCGACGUUUCAGAGGGAGAACCCGCCUACUUUUCUGGGUAGGUAUGAUCUUGAAGGAGCCUUGGCUUGGUUGAAGGAGAUUGAAAGAAUUUUCAGAGUUAUGGAUUGCACUCUUGUGCAAAAGAUCUGUUAUGGAACUCAUAAGCUGUCAGGUGAAGCCGAUUAUUGGUGGGUGGACACUUGUCUAAGGUUGGAAACUGCGGGCAAGGAGAUUACUUGGGAAGGGUUUCGUAGAGAAUUUCUGAGGAAGUAUUAUCCAGAAGAUGUGCGAGGAAAGAAAGAGAUUGAAUUUCUCGAGUUGAAGCAAGGGAACUUGUCAGUCACGGAGUAUGCUGCUAAGUUCACUGAAUUGGCUAAGUUCUAUCCUCACUAUGAUGGAGCCAAUGCCGAAUUCUCUAAGUGCAUCAAGUUUGAAAAUGGAUUGCGUCCGGAAAUUAAGAAAGCUGUGGGAUAUCAAAAGAUUCGCGUCUUUGCGGAUCUGAUUGAUAGUUGUAGAAUCUUUGAAGAGGACAACAAUGCACACUAUAAGAUCUUGUCUGAGAAGAGAGGAAGGGGUCAACACAGCCGUGGUAAGCCAUAUGAAACUCCGGUUGGAAAAGGGAAACAUAAAGUGAUUCCGAGUCGAAGAACAAGUGAGGGAGAUGCUCCUGCUAAUGUUAUCUGUUUCAAGUGUGGAAAGCCGGGUCACAAGAGUAAUGUGUGUAGGCUUGGUGAAACGAGAUGUUUCCGUUGUGGUAUGCCGGGACAUGCGGCUCGUGAUUGUAAGCAGAAGGAUGUUGUUUGCUUUAACUGUGGGGAAGAAGGACAUAUCAGUGCUAAAUGUCAGAAGCCAAAGAGGGGACAAGAGAGUGGUAAAGUGUUUGCUUUGUCAGGAACUCAGACUACAAAUGAAAAUGGACUUAUUCGAGGUACUUGUUUCAUUAAUAGCAUUCCUUUAAUUACUAUUAUUGAUACCGGUGCCACACACUGUUUUGUUGCUGCGGAUUGUGUUGAAAGAUUGGGUCUUUCCUUGUCUUCCUUGGGUAGAGAUAUGAUUGUUGAGGUUCUCGCUAAGGGAACGGUAUCUACGUCUCUUGCGUGUAAGAGUUGCCCCUUGUCAAUAUUUGGUAAAGAUUUUGUAGUUGAUCUUGUUUGUUUGCCGCUUGUCGGGUUGGAUGUAGUAUUGGGUAUGGACUGGUUGAAAUCCAACUAUGUUCAUAUUAAUUGCUACAACAACACUGUGAGGUUUUCUUCUGCCGAAGAAGAGGGAAGAACAAAAUUGUUAUCCAAGAAACAAUUGAAGGAGUUCAUAGAAGAAGACACGUUUGUGUUCUUGUUAAUGGCAAGCUUGUCUGUGGAGAGUCAGGCUGUAAUUGCGGACUUGUCGGUGGUGUGCAAUUUCCCUGAAGUUUUUCCCGAUGAGAUUCCUAGUGCACCGCCAGAAAGAGAAGUUGAGUUCACUAUUGACCUUGUACCUGGUACUAGACCCAUCUCUAUGGCGCCGUAUAGGAUGUCAGCAUCAGAGUUGGCUGAACUGAAGAGUCAGCUAGAGGAUUUGCUUGAAAGGAAGUUUGUGAGACCUAGUGUAUCACCUUGGGGAGCUCCAGUUUUGCUGGUGAAAAAAAAAGACGGAAGCAUGCGACUUUGUAUUGAUUAUAGACAAUUGAAUAAGGUGACGAUUAAGAAUAGGUAUCCACUCCCAAGGAUCGAUGACUUGAUGGAUCGUUUAGUGGGUGCUCGUAUUUUCAGUAAGAUUGAUCUAAGGUCGGGCUACCAUCAAAUUAAGGUGAAAGAUGAGGACAUUCAGAAAACUGCUUUCAGGACUCGUUAUGGACACUACGAGUACACGGUGAUGCCUUUCGGCGUUACUAAUGCGCCAGGAAUAUUCAUGGAGUACAUGAAUCGCAUUUUCCAUCCUUAUUUGGAUCAAUUUGUGGUGGUGUUCAUAGACGACAUUUUGAUUUAUUCUAAGUCGGAGGAAGAGCAUGUGGAACAUUUGCGUAUUGUUUUGCAAGUGUUGAAAGAGAAGAGAUUGUAUGCUAAGUUGUCUAAGGGUGAGUUUUGGUUGAGAGAAGUUAGCUUUCUUGGUCGUGUUGUUUCCGGUGACGGAAUUGCGGUUGAUCCAUCGAAGAUUGAUGCGGUGUUGCAAUGGGAAGCUCCUACAUCAGUUACUGAGAUAAGAAGUUUCCUAGGCUUGGCAGGUUACUAUAGGAGGUUUAUAGAAGGCUUUUCUAAGUUGGCACUUCCUUUGACUAAGUUAACUUGUAAGGGUGCUGCUUUUGUGUGGGAUGUCUGA